AUGGGGAAACUUAGGUCUCCCGCGUCCCCAACUAACAGAGGCGCACCGAGCACGUUCCCGCGCAUGGAUCCUCCGCCUCCCUACGAAGAGUCUUCUCGUUCCUCCUCUGCUCAUAGCAACGACCGACUACAAGGAGAAGAACCUGCGCGGUCGCAGGGUGAACCUCAGCCGGCGGCGUCGCAGCCGCAACCGCAGCCAGAAGAGCAGCAAGCUGCUUCCGGGUCUAAACUACAAGUCAAGAGACGGAUGCUUGCUUUGGAAUGCUACCGAAGGCGGAUGCCUGAAUUUCAACACGAACAAACAGGGAUGUUGUCAAUGUGGCUGAAACCAGUCAUUAAAAAGAGCAUCGAUCAGAUCUAG